AUGGAUAAUAAUAACUUUAAAUAUAGAAAUAUAAAUAUUAGGAACCCUUUAAAUACUGUAACAAAACUAAAUUUCAGAACUGCAGUAUCAUGUCCUAAUAUAUCUAAACAACAGAAUAAAUAUUUAAAUUCACCUAGACCUAUAAGUGUCAUUAAAUAUCCAUAUAUGUAUAAUGAUGGAAAUUUUAAGAAUAAUAAUCAAUAUCAAUUAGGAGAAAUAUGGAUUACUGAAAAACGUGAAAGAAAAAAUUAUGAAACACAAAAUAAUAUAAAGAGAUAUGUAAAUCUUGAUAUUAAAGAAUCUACUCAUGCUUUAUGCAAUGAUGUAAAUAGUACUUUGAAAGAUAGUUUCAGUCAAUUAGGGGAAAUUGGAAGAAAUUGGAUUAAUGAACAAUCUAUUCAUUUUAAAGAAAUUACCUCAAGUAAAACAUUUGAAGAACUAUAUUAUGCAAUACCUGAUAAAGUUGCAAAUAUACUAGAUAAUUUCAACUUUACAAAUAAUGAUAUAAAUAAUUAUUUACAACAUAAUUUACAAUCCAAAAAAUAUACUUAUAAAUAUCCAAAAAGGGUACUAGUUAAAGGACAUAGGAAUUUAUCAAAUACAGUAAAUAUUAGAUCUAAUGUUAUUAGGCAUCAUGCUCAAACAAAAAAUUUAUUAGAAACUUUUUCCAUGCCUUUAUUAAUAGGGUUAAAUUAUAUUAUUGAUCUAGUUGCCAAUUUAAGUAUCAAAUUCUGUCCAAAAAUUCCAGAUAAAAAUAAAGCUUAUCCUGGUACUGGAUGUAUUUUAUUGGAUUUUUUCAAUGAUUUCAUUGAUAAUAAUUUAUUUCAAGAUGAAAAUUACCCUAUUAAAAAAGAUUAUUCACAAAAAGAGCAGAAUGAAAAUCAAAUUAAUAAAGAACUAUAUCAAAAUUAUACUAAAAUAAAUGAUCAACAAAAAAACUAUUCUAUAAGUGGUACUAUAUUUACAAAAUGUUAUCAUAGAGCAGAUAGCGAUGUAUUUGAUCCUUUAGAAUAUGUACAGAAAGUUCCACCAACAAUGCCUUGUCAAGAAAAAGAGGGUUAUAUUAAAAAUGGAAAAAUUAAUAUAUAUAAUUAG